AUGGCAGAGAACUUCAGUGUACAGGAUCUCCAGCUCGUACGCCUGUUCUACGAGGACAAAGAGCACUUCUCUAUCGAAAUCAACAAGCUCUACAUUAUCAUGAUACGUCGAAGGUCUGGAAAUGAGAAACAUCGCGGACACGAGUACAUAUGGUAUUGGACGUGGGAUAUCACAAUAAACAAGACUCUUAUAUGUUACGGUUCACUCACAAUGGUUCCUCAACCUCGUCUAACAGGAUAUUUUGACGUGGCCGAAGAGGACGGAGAGGAACGCUUGAAGACUCGCAUCCCAGACUUUGGUAUCAUUCGCCACGUUGGACCUCGAGUUGUGACUAGGGAUGACGAGGAAGAGGAGGAGCCACCUUACUCAAGGUUAGUCGGUGUUGGAGAGAUCAAACCUGCUCCUGUUGACGGGUCAACAAACCAAAUCGAACUUGCAGUUUCAGAAGCAACUUCCUCGCUUCGAGCACAACUUGGGAUCUUGUUUAUUGCCUAUCCUGAGAUAAGUGACAUUGUUGGCAUCUCCAUUGCUGGAGAAUACUGGACAUUUGAGACUAUGCGAUACGAAGAUUUCGAGGACGCUCUUUAUAGUGACGACUCGAAUGCCUCCUACAUGCCCAGUGACGAGCCAUCUUCCGACCCUUUAAAUAUCACUGGUCCUUGGCACUCUUCCUCAGAUCCACCAGACGAACCUGGUAGUGAUGGACUUCCUCAACACUCAAUUUACCGUUUGCAGACAUCUGAAAGCAAUGCUGCAAUUAACCACAUGAUUGAUGAUAUUAAAAACUUAAGUGCCUGUGGAAGGUUUGAGGGUGCCCCUUUCUGA